GGCAUGGACGAUUACUCACAAUUGGCAGCCAUGGCAGAAAAAUAUAAAUUGCCUUUAAAAGAAAGAUCAACAUGGAUCGAAAAACAAAUGACUCUAAAAGUACGGAAUGAAGAACUCAAGUUACGGAACAAAGAACUGGAAAAUGCGUCCAAAAUGAAAACGAAGGACACUAACGAGGAACAAUCUUUGGAAGAUGCUCUUACUAAUACAGAGAGUAUCCCGAAAGGUAUUAAAGAGGAAGACGUAUACAUCAUAGAGAGCCCAGAGACAGCACCAAAUGUUAGUGACGUCAGCACAUCUACAAAAACGAGAGAAUUAAAGAAUGUAGCCGCUAAAGUGAAAGCUUCAAAGAAAAGGAAAUGGCCUGAAGAACUGAAGACGAAAAUUCUCGCUCAGUAUGAAGCCGGCAUGUCGGAGGUGGAACUGGUUUCCAUACACGGUGUGCCAAGAUCAACCAUUCGUACUUGGCGUAAAAAUCAAGAGAGAAUAGCGCCAGACAAGAGCAAAGAGGAAGACUUUCAGAGUGAAAUAGACACCCGACGACCAGUUCUAACGCUAAAAAGACUAAGAGACAACCCACAACUGGACACAGAAAAGAUUGAUGCUUCUGAAAAUAUACCAAGUGGCCAACCAAAUACAAAUGGGAUUAAACUGAAUACGACCCGCAUUAUAGGAUCGGAAAAGAAAACCCUCUUCGACAUGAUUAUACGAAUGGUGGACUGGGAUUCUGCAUUAGAAGAGAUGAACAAUAAGGGAUACAGAUGCAACAGAACCAGCACGCAGUUGAAAGAGAAAAUUAGACGACAGUUGAAUAAGAAGAACAAAAAGAGAAACAAAAAGAAGAUCACAACACGUUUCGUGAACACGGAUACAAGAACCUUAGAGUAAAGUGCGAAGUUCGAUCGCAUUACGCCCGCUGGCAGCAAUUUUCACGUUUAGAUUUUUUAUAGCACCAUAAAGGUCUGACCUAUGAAAAAAACUGAUGGUAUCUCUGAAUUCCUCGCCAUUCUUUCUAUGAAUAGAGAUUUGAUUUAAUGUAUCACUAGGCUUAGUUAAAAUUAAAUAUGAAGUCAAAGAGGUGUAGGGUGGGUAUCGCCAAGCGUACUUUUCCUCGAUCGGAUUUCUCCCCAGUUAGUAAGCUCGAUCGGGCUGAUGGAAGGCUCGAGCAGAUCAAAGAAAAUAUAUCUAAAAACAUGUUUUAAUCUUUAAUUUUCAGUAUGAAGUCAUUUUCUUUUUACUCCAGCGCAAGAACACCAUCCAUUGCACCAUUUCCCACCCUCCACAAGUUCAAAUAGUCAUCAGACUUAAAAAUAGCAUUAAGCCCAUUACUCAUUUCCUUCACUACCAGGUAGUAAAAAAAAAUUAUUUCACACCUCCUGAGUUUGACCUCACCAUGAACUUGGCCUUUACAAGGAAAAGGGAAUAGUAUGUGUCGGAAGUGAAGAAAAAAGAUGCAAGCGCAGUAGCAAUAUAGUAGUAAUUUGGUAAACAUUCAAAUAAAAAAGUUUUAGCAAUAAAAAGUGAACCGAUCGAACCUCUAAACAAAUCAGGGCUGUUUAAGAUUAGCACUUUAGUUCAUCCAUAAUUUGUGUUUCCAUUCAUGUACACGUUUCUACAGAGAGACUGUGGUUCCUCUUUAUACAUGUACAGAGUUUUGAUUGUGAGUGCUUUAUAUAAUUAGGUGCAUGGGGGGGGGGCGAUAGCUUAUCUCGUUAAAGGUUCAGAUUUAUAAAUCCUUAGCUCAAAGACUGUUUUAUCAGAUCGUCAGUAUUAUUAAUUUUGUUUUCUGAAUAGGCAUUAUACAAAUCCAAAACAGUAUUUGUCUCUAUAGUAAUAUAUAAUGGUAAGAUUUUUUAAGUCAAUUUAACAGAAAUCUUUGAUUAUUCUAAAUUUACUUAAUCUCUAAGCAUUUUUUCAAGCACUGAAAAAAAAGAAUAUUCAGACUUGACUUUCUUUUUAUAUGCUCAUUGAAACUUUUUAAAGUUAACUGGUGUUAAGAGUUAUUCAAUUGCAUGAUUAAUUAUAAUUAAUUGAUACAACUACUCAUACACAAUUUUUUUUUUCUUUUUUUUUAUUAGAUACAUUCUGAAAUUUAGUAUUUAUUUUAGACUGCAAAAAGUAUUUACAAUAUUAAAUUCCAUUUAUCAGAAUAUAUGAAAACAUAAGUUGAAAAUGUUAUAUACUUUGAGUUGACAAAAAAAAUGUAUUAGUAUACUUAUUACUUAUUACAUCGUAAAUCAUGCUAUCAUGGUCAUUUUUAAAAAUUAAUAUUUAGGUUUAAAUGAAAUAUUUUCUACUUUGAUUACAGUUAUUUGUUUGUUUAUGUUUUGCUUCCAUACACCUACGUGUUCAGAGAGUCUACAAAUAUACAAAUAUAAUUUUCUUAAAUAAAAUGUUAUAAAUAUAUGUAUUUUUUUUAGUUUGACUUUUAUCUUAUAACUUGCUGUUAUGUUUCGUUUAAUGCACAAGUUGUAAGACAAAUUUCUUUAUGGACAAUAAAGGUUAUUAUUAUUAUUA